AUGGUGAGGCGGCUUUCAUGUUGCUAUAUUCCGCAGUACGGGAAGACUGGCUGGAGUCAUCGAGCUUGGAAGAAAGUUCAGUGGGUGUGCAUCGGCUUGUGCGCGCCGGAGUUUGUUGCUUUCGCCGCUCUCAACCAAAUGCUGUAUGCACGCGCUCUAGGAUACCAGAUGCACGACCUUACCGAAGCCCUUACUCGAAACUCCAAAGUGAUGCAGUCGACCGCUACGUGGCUAGAGGUGUUGUUCGCACGUUCACGUUGGAGAAGUUCGUAUGCACAACAAGACCUCGAGGCUGCAAGUCCAGAAGCAUCACCAUCCGAGCAUGAUAUUCCGCUCUCGAUUACCAGAUUUGAUCAACAAAACAGCGUCAUACACGGAAAUAGCAGUCCUUUGACACGCACUCAUGCUUGGACUCGAAUCCACAACCACUUUGCUAUCAUGGGGGGAUUUGUUUUCGAAGCUGAAAAACCAGGCUCCUUGAUUAGAGGUCAAGAUUGUGCGCGGCUGACUCUCACUUCGGCCGCACUCCGCAAACUAGCGAGGGCUAAAUCACCCCUUCUUCCAGACAUUUCCGUAGAAACUAUCCCAGACAAAAGCAAAGCCAACGCAUUUGCCAAGUUUCUCGUCUGUGUCCAAGCAACUUGGUUUGUUGCGGAAACCAUUGGACGAAUGGCGACCGCACAUCCUAUCAGCCUUCUAGAGAUAAACACCGUUCUUCAUGCGUUCUGUUGCCUACUAAUAUAUCUCUCGUGGUGGGAUAAACCUCUGGAUAUAGAGAUGCCGCACAUCAUCUAUUGUUCCAGUAAUCACGCAAUCGGAGUCUGCGCCUGGAUGAAGGUGAAGGACACCAUGGACGGAUUCCUAGAAGCAUUCAAGGCCGAUGUCGAAGGCUAUUCUCGGGCUAAUGGUAACCACAAUCUUCGUCUAGCCUUCGAGAGAGACAUCUCUGUCACAAACUAUGUUAUCGGGUGGCAUGAUCUCGAUGAUAGAUCUGAAAUUCGGGACUGCAUUGGAAGGUGCCGAGCAACAAACAAACAAGCCUGA